CCCGCCCGCCGCCGCUCCCGCGCCUCCAUUCGGCUCCGCCGCCGCCCGCCGAGGAGGGGACAGCGACAGCCGGGAGCACGGGAGAGGGACGGACCCUCCCCUGCCGCCAACCCGCUUCCUCCUCCUUCUCCUCCACCUCCUCCCCCGCCUCCGCCUCCCGGCCGGGAAGAGCUCGCCGUGCCCGCAGCAGCCCCGCUGGAUGCACUGAGCGCUCGGGCGCGGGGAGAGAGGGGCAGGAGGGAGCCGGGAGCCCCGCCGCGGAGGCGCUGCGCUACCCGGAGCCUCACGGCCAUUUGCUGUAAUUCUUUUAUUGCCCCCCGGCCGCCUCCUCCUCUCUGCCCGCGGGAGCCAGCCGAGGCGGCGGGGGCUGCAUCCCCCCUCCCCCCCUUUUUUUUUUUUAAUUUUUUUUUUAAAUUUUCAUCGCCGCCAUGGGAUGUACCCUGAGUGCUGAGGAAAGAGCCGCCCUGGAGCGGAGCAAGGCCAUCGAGAAGAACCUGAAGGAGGACGGGAUCAGCGCGGCCAAAGACGUGAAACUCCUCCUGCUCGGAGCCGGAGAGUCGGGAAAAAGCACCAUCGUGAAGCAAAUGAAGAUCAUCCAUGAGGAUGGCUUCUCUGGAGAAGACGUGAAGCAGUACAAGCCAGUGGUGUACAGCAACACUAUACAGUCACUGGCAGCCAUUGUCCGUGCCAUGGAUACCUUGGGCAUUGAGUACGGUGAUAAGGAACGACGGGCUGAUGCCAAGAUGGUCUGCGAUGUCGUAAGUCGGAUGGAGGACACAGAGCCCUUCUCUCCAGAGCUGCUGUCAGCUAUGAUGAGGCUCUGGGCAGACUCUGGGAUCCAAGAAUGCUUCAACCGGUCCCGGGAAUACCAACUUAAUGACUCAGCCCAAUACUACCUAGACAGCUUAGAUCGAAUUGGAGCUGCAGACUACCAGCCCACGGAGCAGGAUAUUCUCCGAACCAGGGUCAAAACAACUGGCAUCGUAGAAACCCAUUUCACAUUCAAAAACCUCCACUUCAGGCUCUUCGAUGUCGGGGGCCAGCGAUCAGAACGCAAGAAGUGGAUUCACUGCUUUGAGGAUGUCACAGCAAUCAUCUUCUGUGUCGCGCUGAGUGGCUACGACCAGGUGCUCCAUGAAGACGAAACCACGAACCGCAUGCACGAAUCUCUGAAGCUUUUUGACAGCAUCUGCAACAACAAAUGGUUCACAGAUACAUCUAUCAUCCUGUUUCUAAACAAGAAGGACAUAUUUGAGGAGAAAAUUAAGAAAUCUCCACUGAGUAUCUGCUUUCCUGAGUACACAGGUCCCAACGCUUUCACAGAGGCGGUGGCGUACAUCCAGACUCAGUACGAGAGCAAGAACAAGUCGGCCAACAAGGAGAUCUACACUCACAUCACCUGCGCCACCGACACCAACAAUAUCCAGUUCGUCUUCGACGCUGUCACGGAUGUCAUCAUCGCCAACAACCUGCGGGGAUGUGGACUCUACUAAAGCACCCUCCUCCCUCCGCUCCCGGCACCCGCCCGGAGUAUCCUCCAGUCCCGCGGACAGGUCCUCCCUUUCCUUGUUUUUUCCUCCUCAGAAGAUAACAAGGAAGAAAUACAUAAAUCCCUCCUCCUGUCCCAGACAACUCUGCAGCAAGUUCUGAUUUCCCCAGACCCAUUUUAUUUUACUUUGGUUCAUUUUUGGUUCAUUCCCUUGCUGCCCUGUUCCACUCCUCCGUUCCAAUUCACAGUGUUGCGCAGGGAGCUAACGCAUUUCCCACAAAGUGCAUUUCAACUGCCAAAAGACAAAAAUACUUCGGUUUUAAAGAGAGGAAAAAAAAUCAAAGCCUUAACAUACUGGUCAGGAACAGUGUAGUUUGGAACCAAAACUUUUUUUUUGCCCUGAAAAUUAAGGGAUAUUGUUCAUUGUCAUGGUUAUCUGCCUUUUUUUAAACACUGUUCCUUUGGGAAGUGCUAGAUACAACCUGAUCAUUUUGAGGGUACCUUACAGCUCCAGUUCUGACCCCAAAGCUGGAGGGUUUGGUGUUGAAUGCAGCCACCAUAGCUUGGAUUUGUACAUUCUCCUUUUUUCCAGACAGCUAUUUGAACAAGUAAAACAGCCAUAUCGAGUUCUGCUGGUGUCUUGAGUAACAGGGACACAGUAACAAAGCCUACUAAGUCUUGUCUAAAAGCAUUCAUUACUGGUAGCAGUUUUACCUCGAGUUUUUCAGAAUUAAUGAUAAAAUUUAUCUAGUGGUUGCUGUAACCCAUUUCUGAGGCACUUCCAUGGAGGCCAUGGGGCUGCUGGGCUGGGACCCCUGGAGCGUAGGCAGUGAAGAUGCCCCGGGAAUGGUGUCCUGAUGGGGACCUCACACUCAGUGGCAUCCUGACAAGGAAUCCAGCCUGGGGACAUUUCCCACAGCACCUCCCAGCCUUAGUGAUUUCAGCAGAGGUGAUGCUCCUGCAAACAUGCAGCAUCACUUUCAGACUUCAACCCUGAAACGCUGGGGUGAAUGAAAAAUCCUUAGCCCUGGCUUCUUGUAGGCAGAAUCUGACCUUGAAGUGCCUGAGAUGGGGAGAGGUGCUGUGGGAAACCUCCCUGUGCUUGGGUGGCAGCAAAGUGUGCAAGAGCCUCAAAGCCCUUCAUUGCCUCUUGGGCAUCCAAACCCCUUGGGAAGCUCAGCCUUGUGCUCUGAGCCUCCUUGGCUGAGCAGAAGCUGGUGGCUUUCCUAUGUCACCUCCUGCCUGAGCAUCCCAGAGAGACAGCUCCAGGGUUGGUGUCUCCAGUCAGGGCAUCUCUUUACCAGUAUCUGUAGCAAGAUGGAUGGUUAACACUGGCAAAGGAGAGCUCAGGGAGCUGACUUGAGUCAAGUGAUGGAGUAGGAAGGAAAAGUGCAAGGAAAGGAGGAAGGAAGGGCAGGGGAGAGGAGUGGGAAGGGUGGGGGUAGCACCCAGCACAGCAAAAGUGGGGGCUCAGAGAUAAGGACAAAUGCAGGUGGGCUGAGGUACAUGUGAGGUACACUCGCUUGCCAUCACCAAGAGCUCUGGAUGCUGCAGAGUCAGAGGCAGAAGGGAAUGUGAGAGGUGGGGUGUCACUUCUGUGGACAUGGAGGUACUCUUAGAAGUCCACCCCAACAGCUUGUUUGUUCACUGGGUGAGACAACCACCUCUGAGGUCCCACUCAGGGCCCACCUCACCUGGGGGCAGGCAGGCAAUGGUGAUCCCUGCCUCUUUUCUGCCUCUCUUAGAAGUCCAUUAUCUUGGAAAACACAAAUCUUUCCAGGCUGGCCACAAGUUCAACUGUCCUCUCUUGGGAGCCUGAUCUAGGAGUGGCUUUCAGGUCUCAGGAGGUCUCUCCAGGGCUGUGUUGGUGAGGGACAAUAUCUCUUCUCUCACUGCCCAUUUAGGAGAGAUGGUGUGAGAGCAGCCCAGAGCAGCACAGCCCAAGGGAAGGUGCCAGCUGAGCAUCAGUGUGCAGGAGGCAGUGACAGGAACACGUAUGGUGGCACAGGAGGGGGAGAGCAGUUGGAGAGGUUUAGGGAAUGGUUUGGGACAGAAGUUGCAGAAGGGAGAUGAGCCAGAUUGAGAGCAGGGAAGAUGGGACAUAAGGGCACCUGUGAGCCAGAGGAGAGUCCCUAUCAGAGGCUGUGCUCUGCCAGGACAGUGUUUGUGGGACAUCUGUGACAAAUCCCCAGCCAGGGAUAUGAGCAGGAGCACCCCAGGGAAAGCAGGGAAGGCUGGCAGAGGAAAAUGAGGUGUAUGUCACCCAUCCAGCCAGCUCACAGCCCAGCAUGGCUGGUAACUGUCAGUAACUCCUAAACAGCACUAAAGGAUGCAUUUGCUAUUGUACAGCAAGGACCUGCUGCUGCUCUGCUGGGCACUAACAGCAAUAACACAACUCCUGCCUCCCCUGCUCUGGCACAAGCCAGUACCCAUCUUUCUCUUCACCAUCUCAGUCUUAAAAUGCCUCCCAUGACAUCAGCUCCAGCGAAGAGCUGGCCAGCAAAACCAGGACAUCCUCUCUGCUCCUCAUGCCACAGCCCACCCACACAUCUUGUCUGAGCCCCAGCAGUAACACCCAGCAUCCACGGGUGUUGUGUCAAAUCCAGGGCAGAAAAACCACAAGCUGGUUAUGUUUGGUACGUAAAGUGUGUAACCACUGGACCCAGAGUGCUGAUGGCUGGUGCUGGCAGGGCUGCAGGCCUUUUACUAAGCUCUGUAAGAAGAGUUUGAUCAGAAGCACUGGAGUUUUGGAGAUUUUCUGUUCCCACCCCUUGCUGUGAAUGAUGUUUUAUCCAAGCAAAUAAGUAACAGAAGCUGUUCCCAGGGAAGGCAGCACCAUGCCAAGGCUUUGUGAGCUCCAGUGUAAAGCACACAGGAAUAUUUUGGGAAAGACAAUUCAAAUUAACUCAACCCCAAACUCUGCCAUAUGCAGUCAAGUGGCCAGUGCUGGCUCAGUGCGCUUUCACCGCUCUCCAGCCUGGAUUCAGGUAACCCAUUCCCAGCUUUGCCAGCUGGGAGGUCCAAACCCCCUCUUGCAGCUCCAGCAGGUCCUAGCACGUUGGUGAUAACCAGCAGCUGGUGCCCCAUGGGGAAAAAAGGGAGAAAAAGCAGAGGAAAUGUUGCGACACAGAGCCUCUUCUUUCAUUUUCUUUGGCAUAUUGUGUGUCUAAAGCUUCAUCUCAGCUGCUGUUGCUGACAUUCCCUCCCUCACACGAGUGCCAUGAGGAUUCACUGACAAAUGCUGGAAAGAGCCUUUGGAAGAUGAAAUACUUCCAGUGUUAAACACUACUAUUUCUCCCGCUUGAUGGCCGCAUAUAGAUUUUGUCUCCAGAACGCCUGCCAAAUCAUUACUCACUGCUGGCUUCUGCAUCCUCCGAAGCCUUUCCUGACAGAUGUGCCUUCCGCAGGCAAUCUUUUGCCCUGUGCUUUUUCUAAACACCAGCAAUUCUUGCAGCAGUUGCCUAAAAAGUACCUUGAAAUACAUCGCCUGCUUUCAAAAGCCUUUUCUUAACAGCCCCUUGUGCUUUGCAAUUGCCAUGCUCUGAAUCCAGACCCUUGGAGACCUAGAGCUGUGUUUCAUUUGCAGUCACCACACAGCAGGGAUGUUGCAACUGGUACAACUGCAUCAGAAAUCAUACCAGGGCAUGGAGGAUAGAUUUUAAAAGCACAAAGUUGAAACAGCUAUGUAUAAACCCUGCUGCCCUUCAAAGCUAAUGUGGGAAUUUGCAAAAAAAAAAAGCUCUUUUUGGGAUGCAGAAGGUUUUUAAUGACUCAGGUCUCUGUUCCAGCAGCAGAAGCAUCCGAGGGGUGUCAGCAUUGAAAAUAGCAUUAGCAACUCAUGAUGAGCUUCAGACAGCAGCAAAAGGAAAGAAGGAAGCUCCCCCUUGGCUUGCUCUGUAGUGAAUGAGAGGGUCGGGUAUGGAGCCAUGAGACCACAAAAAUGCAAAUAGCUUCUUUAUUUAAACAAUAAUUUCAACAAAAUAGAGAAACCCAUACAAGGAAAGUCUUGCAGAGCUGCAGGGCUGAGCUGCAGAGCUCCUUAGGAGGAUGCAGUAGCUGGGCUGGCUGGGAGAACGAGCAAUAACCACGCACUGGGAAAGCACACACUAAAAUACAGCCCCAGACUGCCAUGGGCACUUUUUAAUCUUGCAUACAGAACUCGCACACACUCUGGUUGUCACAGGGGGCCGGAGGAGCCCAGCGGAGCAGCAGGACAGCAGGAAUGCUCAGCGUGGCCAUCUGGCCCUGCCGUCUGCGAGCGCAGAGUGUCCCUGCUGCCCCCGCCCUCCUGCCGGGUCUGGAUGGUCACAUUCCCACUGCCUGCCCAGAAACACUUCCAACUACAUCUCUCUCAGGAGUUUUGUACCGGAAUUAGCUUCUUGCCUUCAGCCAGCUUUCCUGGAUGGCCAGCCAGCCUGGCCCUCUGUGGAGGGGAGAGCAUCCUCAGGAGGAGCCUGCCAUGCCUCCUCUGUUGAUGCGACUUUGUUUCACGGGACACUAAAAGUAUUAAUGAGGGCAGUCUUUAAUGUAUAUUAAAAUGUAUCUGGCAUGUUUAAUCUAUGAUGGCAUGAGCCCAGUGCUUGCCUGCAAGGAAACAGACCUUGUUCUCAGUCCAGGAGUGUAAUCUCCAAGAGGUCAGGAUGUGACAUAGAAGAUGUCCUUUUGCCAGAAGGUCCCCAUGUGCCCAGCCUUACUGUGCAGCUCAACAAGGCAGACAUCCCCCCUGGGGGAUUUUGCAGUCAAUGCUAGGAAAGAGACCAACCCUGCACUGUUAGUUUGUGUGACAUGUCCCAAGCUUUUUGUGGUCACAAAGUCUCCUGGAGCCAGGGAGAGUUGCUGAGUUCCUGGGAAGAAGCUGACCAUCUGUCAGGUCAAUUAGAGAAGCUUAGUGCUAGUGUGCUUGGGUGUUUCCGUGGGCCAGGGUUGUCUUCAGGCUUACCACCAAAAACUCUACAACCAUUUCCAAGGAGACUAAAACACUCAUUAGUGAUCUGACACUGGACACGUCAAGGUCAGUAGAGAUGGUGCUACUGAGCAUCACCCUGAGCACCCAGACGCAUCACUCACAUCCCCAGUGCACACAUGAGAAAGCAGAGACAUGGUCCAAGUGGCACAAAAUUGCAGACCACGGUCUUGCCUCUACCUCCCUGCAGGAAAGAGCAGGCAAACACACCCCAAGGCUCCCUAAGACUUGAGGGUACUGUGUCAUUUCUGAGCUCCAGCACCAACACGAGGUAAUUGAUGCUGACAGAUAUAGGUACAUGACCUAUAUAGUUAUACUGAGAAUAUGGCUGUGGGAAGGGACUUUGCACAGGACCACUCAUGCCCCAACCAGCAGCCUGUGAGAUCUUUUUUUUGUGUGCAAACACAAGCAAGUGCAACUCUUAAACACCAAUGCCUUAGUGAGAGGAGGACCAAAGCCUCCAGCUGGCACCCUGCAGGCAGACAGAAAGGGAGCUGGAUUGAAGAAAUAGCCCCAUCUCCCCAAAAGGGCAGCUCUGUUCAUGGACACUGAGUGCAGAGUAAGCACAGGGAGGAGAGACCAGGAGAAGAGGUAGAGGGGCUGGGAGCCAGCUGGAUGCUCACUGCCCCAGGCCUUCUUCUACCCAGUGUCUUGGAAAUUAAUGUCAAGACCCAGUCCUGACUGUAGGGUGGGCAAGCAGCUCCAGAACUAAAGCCCCUGCUCCAGGUGGGGAGAAGAGAUCAUGGCAGGUGAAACACCAUUUUCAGCAGUGCCUGAGUCUCACCAGCUUUUCCUGUGCUGGAAGAACUUGGUGGUGCUGGGCAAGCAAAGAGGGUUGUUUAAACACCAGCUAUUGCCCUGUUAAAUAGCCUAGGUCCCUAAUUUGUGCUCCUCAGCCCUAUUCCCCCACCUCCUUUUUCCCCACUUCAUCUUGACAAGGGAAGAGUGACCAUCACCCUGUCUCUGGGCUCCCCACUCCCCACCACAUUUCCCAAAGGAUCACUGGAGGCCGUCACCAUUUUCCUUUUGCUGGUUUCCCGCUGAAUCAUUUCUCCUGCAUGUUUGAUGGCCCAAACUGUAUUAACUGUAAUUUUGUACGAAGAGUGACUGUCCAUUGGUUUAAUAGAGCAUUAGUUAUUGUAAUAAUUUAUUGGCUGUUGGUAAUGUAUUUAUUAGUUACAAAAUGUUAAUAAAGUGCCAGCUCUUUUCUAGUG